AUGGCGAGGUAUGCAGUGUUCAAGUACGCGCCGCCGCACACCGUGGCGCAGCUGUCGUCGGAGGCGGCCUACAAGGCGUGCAACCUCGGCAGCAAGGUGUUCUUGGACAGCAGCGGCGGCACCGGCUUCACGUUCGACGAGCCCGGCACGUGGUACUUCGCGUGCGUCACGGGGUCGCACAGCGCCCGGGGCCAGAAGGUGGCAAUCACGGUGACGGGCUCCAGCGUGCGAAGCCCCGCGAAGCCGGAGGGGAACUCGGCGGCGGCGCCGGUGGCCGGCGCGGCGGGGGUCGCGGUGAAGCUGGCGCUCGGACUACUCGGCGUAGGAGGAGCCUUGCUUGCUGCAUUCUGA